AAAUAAGAUCACCGGCCUUCAACCCAGAACCACAAGCGAUCCAAACCAAUGAUCCCUAGUACGACGACCACGACGACGGCCUAAGCCGAUCCAGAGAAGAGCAGCCGCGGCGGCGGCCAUGGCAGGUCGCGCUGCGGCCGCGGCCGUGCUGGCCUUGGUGUUCCUCGUCUUCUUCGCCGCCUCCUCGUCUGCAGCCGCCGCGCACGUCGACGACGCCGCGGACCAUGGUGCGCGCGGUCUGACGCGCCGCAUGGAGGCGGAUGUGCGGGCGAUGUUCGACGCGUGGCUGGCGCGCCACGGCCGCUCCUACAACGCGCUCGCCGAGUACGUCCGCCGGUUCCGCGCGUUCCGGGACAACCUCGACUUCGUCGACGCCCACAACUCCCGUGCCGCGCUGCGCGGCGGGUUCCGCCUCGGGAUGAACCGCUUCGCCGACCUCACCAACGCCGAGUUCCGCGCCGCCUACCUCGGCGCGGGCGCCGCUGGCAGGGCCCGCAACGCCGUCGGCGAUCGCUACAGGUACCAUGCCGAGGACGUGCUGCCGGCGUCCGUGGACUGGAGGGAGAAGGGCGCCGUGGCGCCCGUGAAGAACCAGGGCCAGUGCGGGAGCUGCUGGGCGUUCUCCACGGUCGCCGCGGUGGAAGGCGUCAACAAGAUCGUCACCGGGGAUCUCGUGAAGCUGUCGGAGCAGGAGCUCCUUGACUGCUCACGCAACGGGCAGAACAGCGGGUGCAACGGCGGCAUCAUGGACGACGCCUUCGACUUCAUCGUCCGGAACGGCGGCAUCGACACCGAGGAGGACUACCCCUACACCGCCAAGGAGGGCAAGUGCGACCUCGCCAAGAAGGCCCGCAAGGUCGUUUCCAUCGACGGGUUCGAGGACGUGCCCGCCGACGACGAGGCGUCGCUGAUGAAGGCCGUGGCGCACCAGCCGGUGAGCGUCGCCAUCGAAGCCGGCGGGCGCGAGUUCCAGCUCUACGAGUCCGGGGUCUUCACGGGGCGGUGCGGCACGGAGCUGGACCACGCCGUGCUCGCGGUGGGCUACGGCAAGGAGGCGGACGGCGGCAAGGACUACUGGCUCGUGCGCAACUCGUGGGGUCCGGGCUGGGGCGAGGGCGGCUACAUCCGGAUGGAGCGCAACGUGACCGCGCGCGCCGGCAAGUGCGGCAUCGCCAUGUUCGCGUCCUACCCCGUCAAGAACGGGCCCAACCCGAAGCCGGCACCGCCGGCGCCGGAGGAGAAGUGCGAUCGCUACAGUUCAUGCCCGGCGGGGAGCACAUGCUGCUGCACGUACGGCGUGAGGAACGUGUGCCUUGCGUGGGGAUGCUGCCCGGCCGAGGGCGCCACCUGUUGCAGGGACCGGGCGACCUGCUGCCCGUCAGAGUACCCUGUGUGCAAUGUCCGGAAUCACACCUGCGCCAAGAGCAAGGGAAGCCCGUACACUGUGGAUGCGCUGCCCCGGACGCCGGCGAAGCGACAGAGGACCGCGGUCUCAGAGCUAGUUGAUUCGAUCUUUUCGAUAUAGGCGUUUUAGGUUACAGCGUUUUGUACUCAUAACGUAGCAGUCAUUUUUUUUUCCGCCGAGAGUCAUUGUAAAUAUUCGUAUGUUAUUAUUAGGAGUCAUCAUUUUUCAAUGGUCAUUGUAAAUACAGUAUAGUUUUACGAAAAGUGUAACGCCCAUACGUGUUGGCGUUAGCCAACUCACCCACACGCCUCCAUCACCGUCCAGUAACUUCUGCACGAAUGUUGAUACGAAUUAGCUGAUUGUGUAUGCCACGUAGGACAACUCGCGUGUGUGGUGUGUGAGAGAGGUCGCCCACACAUCCGUUUUACCACACGGAAGGGCCGGUGUGUGGCGUUUAGCAGUUCGCCCGCACAUCAGUUUUCAGUCACGCACAAGGGCUGGUGUGUGGGCGUUUGCCAUCUCGCCCACACGCCCGCCUCCUCUCCCACACCCAAGCUGCCAGUUGCCAUGCGUUUUGCAGUGUACAUGGCAACUGCCCUAGUGUGAUUGCAAGCAGAUGGCAACUCUUUUUUUUUACGCGAACAUGUCAGUUGCCAUAUGUUUUGCAUGGUACAUGGCAAACUGCCCUAGCGUGCACGUAAGCAGAUGGCAACUCUUUCUUUUUACAUGGCAACUGCCCUAGCGUGCUUGUGAGCACAUAGCAACUCUCUCUUUUAUCCGAACAUGUUUUUUUGCCAUGCUUUUUUUGUAGCGAUACAUGGCAACUGCCUAGUGUUAGUAGGUGGCAACUCCUAAAGUUUUGAAAUCAUGGCAACUGCAGUAGACCAGACCACACAUGGCAACAGCUGUAGUUGUCAAAAAAAUGGCAAUCUGGACCUUUGACCUGAGAUGGCAACUGCAGUUGAGCAAACAUGGCAACUGUAGUUGUCCGACAUGGCAACCGUAGUUCAGCGACAUGGCAACUGCACUUAAACGAACAUGGACGAGGGUCCGGCCCAUGGCAACUGCGGGCGUGCGGUAAAGUGUCACGUGGGGCGUGCGGGACCACGAGGUACGAGGCCUGACGUACCGGGCGUGUGGGCGUUAUCUAUUUCGCCCACACGCACGCGUGUAAGAGGGACUGGGAGGGAAAAAAGAGGCGUGUGGGCGCUAGUUGUUUUGCCCACACACAGACGUGUGGGCUGGUCCUUUUAGGCACCACACAGAACGUGUGGGCAGAUUCCUUAAUGCCCACACGUGUGGUAGUUAUCGGCGUCCUAGUUUUAGGACAAGUCAUUGUAAAAAAAUAGAUAAGUCAUUGUAUUUAUAUAUAAUAAGGAGUGUUAUAUAAUCAUGGUCAUAAUUCCUAAUAUGAUCCACGGUAAGAGAUAGAAUUGAGGGAGGUGAAACCACAAACCAGGAAGGGCGAUGCUAGGCACCGGCGCACCGGUCGAACGCUUCGGCCGGUCCAACCAUAGCCAUCAGAUCGGCCCGUCCCGAUCCGUUGGAUCUUCAUCCAAUCAGGUCGUCUUCCCCCUCUCGCGAGCGCGGACGGGAAAAGGAACCCCAUCUCGCCGGCCGCACGCGUUUUCCCUCGUCGCCGCCCCCUCGCCUGCCCUCCCCGCCUCUGAUCGCCGCCCUCGUCGCCCGUCUUCGCCGGCCGCCCUGGUCGCCGGUCCCAGCCCUCGGCGGCCGUCCUCGUCACCGGCUUCGCCCAUGCAACAGCCCACCCAUGCGGUUGUAGCUUCCGUGGCAACUAUUGUAGCUCCGAUGGCGAUGACCGGAGCUCACCGGCGUGCUCACCGGUGUGCUCGCCGGCGCUCAUCCCCCGCUUGAAACAAAAAAAUCGAGCGCCCAGGGAGAUGCCCAGUGCUGCAACCUACGGCGAAAAAAGCUACGAUCGGUGACGAAAAAAGCUUCAACCAGCUAUGAAAAAAGUUUCAACUCGUAUGACGGAAAACUAUGAACGACCAAAGAAAAGUUACAACCGGUGACAAAAAAGCUUCAUCUGGCGAUGAAAAAAAAGCUUCAUCCAACAAUGAAAAAAAGCUUCAACAAUGAAAAAAGCUUUAGUUGCGCCGCUGCUUGAAGCUUUUUUUUGCUGGAUGUAGCUUUUCUUCCGCCGUCACCCCAGUAUGUCAAUGGUCGUAUCAAAUCACGUUGCCGCUUGAAGCUUUUCUAUCGCCGGAUGAAGCUUUUCUGCCAUUGCACCAUGGAAAGGAUGUAGCAAAAAAUCCCAAAAUGCCUGUGGUAGCAAAAAAUUAAGCCAGUUCCAGCAAAUCAACAAGCCGGUGGUAGCAAAAUUGCAAACAAUUUGGCGCGCAUUCCAGCAAAACAAAAAAUCACGUUGUAGCAAAAACAAACAGAGUUCCAGAAAAAAACUCGCCGGUUGUAGCAAAACAAAAAAUCCGGUGCCAGCAAAUCAAAUGUACUGGUUAUCCGAUUGCAAAACGCUGCUCGGUGUGGAUGCAGCUUUUUCUUCAGCCGGUUCCAGCAAAAAAACGAGCCGGUUGUAGCACCGGAGCGCGUCAUCUCCAUCCCUGGGAAAGCUGGUUGCAGCUCUUCGCCGGCAUGGUUCCAGCAUAAAAAUCAGCCGGCUAUAGCGCGGCUAGGGAGGUAGGAGCUGCGCGAGCGCUGCAGCAGGACAGCUCGCCGGCGAGAUUGAUCCGCGCGUGGCUGGCCAUGGCCGGUGCGGAGUGGUUGCGGAGGCAGAUGAUUGAGAUUAGAUAGGAUGGCGAAGGGGACGAGUGGCUGCGCUUGACCAGAAAGAGAUAAGAGGAUGAGGGAAAGCGGUGGGGCGGACCCGCAUGCA